AUGGUGCUCCUGAGCUCGCUCCUCAGCAGCCCGACCGGCUCCGCGGUCCCCGCGGCCCGCAGCUACGGCGGGUUCCCCCUCUCCAUGCACGCGCUGGCGUCGUACAGCUCAGCCCCAGGCGAGACCACGUUCGCGGACAAGUACUCCAUCGUCCUCAACACCUACAAGCGGCGCCAGCUCAUGGAGGACUCCCUCGCGCACCACGCGGCGUGCGCGUCCGUCGACCGCAUUCACGUCGUGUGGUCCGAGGCCGCCCCAGCACCUGCGAAUUAUGUCGCGGACUCCGGGGUGGAGGUUGUGUUUCACGCCAUGGCUACCAACAGCCUCAACAACCGGUUCCGCGCGCUCCCGGGCGUGCGCACCGAGGCCGUGCUGUCCCUCGACGACGACCUGCGCAUCCCCUGCAAGGACCUCGACGCCGCGUUCGCCACGUGGCGGAGAUCUCCGCAGCAGCUCGUGGGAUGGUUCCCGCGCAUGGUUGAGCGGUCGAGAAGCCUCGACACGUGCCGGUAUACCUACAUGCGGCCGUUCUGGACCAUCGUGCAAGCGCGGCAGGUCAACAUCGUGCUCACGAAGGGCGCGUUCAUGCACCGCGACUGGCUCAAGGCCUACGAGGAUCUCGUCCCCGAUGCCGUCAAGCAUUACGUCGACGAGCACCGCAACUGCGAGGACCUCGCGAUGCAGGUCCUCGUCUCCACGGUCACGCAGACCGGGCCGGAGGUGGCAAUGAGCUACAACGUGCGGGAUUUGGGCGCGAGUGCGGCGCUGGCGAUCAGUCAGAAAGAGGGGCACCUCGAGGCGCGUCAGGAGUGCCUGUGCGCGUUCGAAGACAUCCUCGGCGGCGCGCUGCCGCUGCGCUCCAAGUCGCUGUCGCUCCGUGAGGCCGCCGCGCUGCUCUGGCAACAAAUCUGCAUCUCGGUGACCUAG